UUUCCAAAUUUGUAGAGAUGAAUUGCACUUGUUUUAUAGUCAAAGAGACGACACCGCUUCAAUCGCACGCGAAACUCUUUAAAUAAUCACACAAACCACUAAGCUAAACUUUCCACUCCACUUCCACUUCCACUUCCACUUCCCCUCUCUCUCUCUCUCUCUCUAACUGUCUCUCUCUCACAUAGAUCGGGCGGAAAUGUCGUCGAGCGAGCAGGUUCGCGCGUCGCACAUACUGAUAAAGCACGAAGGAUCGCGGCGGAAGUCCUCGUGGAGGGACCCCGAGGGCCGCCGCAUCUCCGCCACCAAAAGGGACAGCGCCGUCGACCAGCUCAAGGUCAUUCGAGACGAUAUCGUCACCGGAAAAACGAGGUUCGACGAAGUUGCGUCUCGCCUCUCUGACUGCAGCUCCGCCAAGCGCGGCGGCGAUCUCGGUCCCUUUGGCCGAGGUCAGAUGCAGAAACCGUUUGAAGAUGUCACAUUCAGUCUGAAGGUCGGGGAAAUUAGUGACAUUGUUGACACUGACAGCGGCACCCACUUAAUAAUGAGGACGGGUUGAGGCUGGCUCGUGUAAAGAAAGGAAGCAUUGUUCCAUAUGCCACAAGUAUAACAUGCCGAAUCAACACUAUAAAUUUGUCAUGCUCUUAACUCCUCUUCAGGUUUUUCUUCCCCACACCACCAUAAACAUCGUAUUAUUUGGCAAGUUGUGCGUUGUUUACUGUGUGCGCUAUCUUGAAUAAGCUCAUUCCUUUUAUGAACCAAACUGCCAGAAUCCAGAUUGGUAUACUCUAUUAUGAUAUUGGAUUGUUGGUAUUUUCUGUCUUGGUAACUUUUCUUCCUCGACUUUGUUAGUGUCGCUCCGUUAAUCGACUGAUCAAACGUUGUUGAAUUGCAUCUGACAGCAAAAUAUGUUGAAUCA